ACGUAUAAUGUGAGCAAUUGGUGGAGAUUAGAGAUAACAGUACAUCGGGUGAUGCGUUGUUUAUAGUAUCAGGUGGUGUUGUAGUUUGGCAAUAAAUAAUACAAAAUGUGGAGUCCAACUCACGUUUUAGUUACAGUCCAUAGAGCCAGAGGAUUGCUGACUAAAGGCAGGAAUGGAACCAAUGAUGCCUUUGUUACGAUUGCACUUGGUAAGGAGAAGUAUCAGACGUCAGUCAAGGAGAAGGCAGACAAAGAUGUCGAAUGGCAUGAAGAAUGUGAACUGCCAAUACCUAAACAAGGAAAUACAGCUGAAAUUGUCUUGACAGCAUUACACCGCAACUUUAUGGGUGUAGAUGAAUUCCUAGGAGUAAUUAACAUUCCUCUGGCAGACUUUGAUGUGUAUGAAAGGCCAAGAUGCAAAUGGUAUGAGCUAAAAAGUAAGCCUGGUAAGGAGAAACAGAAACACAGGGGAGAACUUGAAGUGAAAGUAACAUUUAUAGUGAAAGCUGGAAGCCUCACCGAUCUAAGUAAAAAAGAAAAACACAAGUCCCUUGGACAGUUGUCUCACAUGGCACAAUCUGUCGGUGGCAGUCUACUCAGUAUUGGAAGUCUGGAAAAGAGGAAGAGCUUGAAGAAAAUAGCCAAAAGUAUAGGAAAGAAAGUGGGGAAAGGCUCAAAUAGCAAGUUGAAGGAAGAGUCAUUUGAUGGAAAUCUUGGUCCCAGCCACCGAAGAAUUGGCCAGAUCGCAGGAGAAGCUGACCCUGGUGUAAUCAGUGAAGAUGAGGAUGAAUUCACUUUUGAUGACCUGUCUCACAAAAGUUCCCUGAGUUCUCUGAGUACAAGUCAGCAAACGGCAGCAACUCCACCUGCUGGAUCCCUCGAAAAUUUGGCAGGAGGAGAAUUUUUGCGAAGAACAAACAUGACUGGUACAGCUUCUGUUCCACCUAAGCCACCAAGAAGUGUUUCACAGGAUAAGACUGUUGAUGAAUGGGAACAGAAAUUAUAUGGAAAGCAGGGGAAAGAUUCAGUUAUUAAUCAUUCAGAUACACUAAAGAGAAGGUCUUGGGAUACAUCGAAGUCAUUUACUAUGAGUCAGUGUGAAGAUAAAGAAUUUGAUAACAUCACUCAUGCAAGCACACCAGCAAUUGUCCGUGCAAAUACAAUAGACACUCCAGUGGCAGCAUUACGAAAGGUUAAUGAAGAUAUUCCAAGAAAUGUUACUGAAACCAUCACACAGGAUGAUAAAGAAAAGGAAAAAACAAAAGAAAAAGAAAAAGAUAUCUCAAAACUUGCAAGACGCUUUAAUAAACAUUUUCGUAAAGGUGAUCCGAAGAAUGAGGAAGCUAUACCAGAGGUGAAAACUCCUACUGCAGAAGAGCGAAUAAUUAUAGGUGGUGAAAAUGAUGAUAAAAAAGUCCGUACUUGUGGGAAUAAAACACCAGAUUCUGUUAUCCAAAAAUAUGAAAAUAAUACCAAAGAAGAAUUGAUUUCAAUAAUAUAUAACCUUCAGCUCACUGUUGAAGACCAAAACAAGAAAGUGAAAGAUCUUGAAGACUAUCUGGAUAAUUUACUGCUGCGAGUAAUGGAAACAACUCCUCGUAUCCUCCAGAAUCCGUAUGUGAGUCAGAGCCAUCACAACAGCUACCAGAUGUUGGGAUUAUGUAGGAUAACACCAUCUACAGUUUAAACAUCAGUGACAGCAAAUGUGUUAGUGUGGAGUAGAUCUUGGGUCAUGAGUUCUAUCCAGUGCUGGUUUCUGAAAAUCCUCACUAUAAUGAUACCAAAGUCAUAUUAUCCUUGGAUGAAUGGAUUCACUUAUGUCAACCUUUGAUGCAGUUACCAUCAUGUUCAAUGCAAUUUGUCAAGCUCUCAGUGACUCUAGGUAACCAUACAGUUGCCUCAGGAGGUUUCCCGGGCAAGAUCAAAAUUUAUAACCAGAAGUGAGUGCUCUCAUCUACAAGAGCAGGCAUGUAAAAAAAAUCAUUGUAUGUCAGUUAUGCAAUUCAGCAUGCUCUAAGCUUACAACCAUAUAUAUACAGAUUAUACAAGAAAAUGUGCACCAAUUUGAUGGAGUUGGGAGUGCCAAACUUCUAAUCUGUUAGAAGAAAUUGUUA